GGGGAUAGUAAACUCGUAAUUUCCCUGUCACUGACCUGCGGGCCCCACGGGAGAUAGCGCAGGCGAUGCGAUCCUAGCCGUUCAUCCGCGCCAAUCUCCCCACAGAGCAUCAGGAAGACACAUUCCUCCCCGGCCCAGCGAAGUGAACGCAGCGCGUCUGCGGCGGCGACAGGCAGAGAUGGCCGGCGGUGGCGCCGCCGCGUCGGCGCUGUCGAGCCCGUGGAGGGCGCUGCUGCAGCGAGCGCUGGACGCCAACGCGCACCUCAAGCACUCCACUUUCUUCCAGCUCGCCACGGUGGGCGCCGGCGGCAGGCCGGCGAAUCGCACCGUCGUGUUCAGGGGGUUCCAAGAGCACUGCGACAAGAUUCAGAUUAACACGGAUGCGCGGAGCAACAAGAUUGGGGAGAUCAAGGAAUGGCCCCUCGGCGAGAUAUGCUGGUAUUUCACCGAUUCCUGGGAGCAAUUUCGGAUCAGCGGUAUCAUAGAUGUGAUCGACGGUUCCAGUCCGGACCCUGCCAAGCUCCAGCAACGAGAGAAAGCUUGGUUCGCCAGUUCAGUGAAGUCAAGAUCACAAUACUUAGGACAAAGUCCAGGGGUUCCCGUCGCAAAUGAUGACCACAUUAAGGAUGUUCAUAUCGAUCCAUCGGCUGCCCCAGUUGAUGCCUACUGUCUUCUGACUCUUGAUCCAGAAAAGGUUGAUUAUGUGAACUUAAAAAGUAAUCAGAGAUUGAUGUUCACAAGAACCCAGGAAGGAGAUGAGUCCAGUGACUGGAUGGCCGAAAAAGUUAGCCCAUAAUGACUUUUUUUGUUAAGGAAGAACUGAAAGGGGUUUUCUGAGACGCUCACUUAGCCAGUCUUCUUAUGGAAAGCUUUGAAGGCCUAGGUAGACACCUUGAUCUGGUAUGCAAUAAUUGGACGACGAAUCAAUCUAAAUUAUUCCUGUAACUACAAUAAUAUCACGCACACAAACAUCCAUGAUUGCAGGGAAUUCUGCAAUUACUAUGUUUUUUUCAGUAGGGGUUAAAGGAGUAUUACUUUCCUAAUUUUGGACCCAGCUAGUUAGCUGGCCUCUGAUCAGGAUCGGAAUUAUGCAUGCUCUCCACAAAUUUCAACCCAUCGGCUGUAAUUACAAUGAUAUUUACGGAGUUAGUUGGCCUCUGAUCAAGAUCAA